GACUCCGCCGCGAGCUCAUGUCCGUUGUAACUCUCACUCGCAAACCAACAUUCCUCGCGUGCAGUGAAAUUUUAUAAAGUAUACACAUUUCGACAUAAAAUCAAAUGGGCUUGGAAAGUGAAACAUAAAACUCCGUUGUGGUGAUACGCAGUGUUCUGUAUGAAGUAUAUUAUUUAUACGACUCGGUAAAGUUGUGAAGUUUACAUUCUUGUCGAGUUUCGCACACAGUUCGGUGGAGGACCGUGGAAGCGUGACAGUUUGCUGGUGUGUUGUGCGUGAUCAUCUACGAGGGAGAGUUUGUCGGUGCGGUAGUCGGCGGCCGUAGUACCUCCGGCCCCGACAUGGAGAGCUACUUCGACAUCUCCAACGACCUGAAGGAUGUCUGGGACGCGGACAUCGACCCGGAGAUGCAAGAUGUGUUGGACGAGGACUCAGAUAUGAGCGACUGGCUGGUGGAGCGCGAGGCGAAGUCGGGCGUGGUGCUGCACGACCGGCUAAUGACAGAUGCCCUGGGCGCCGUGCCCAUCAAGACAGAGCACUCCUACAGCCUGCACUCCGACGGAGAGUCCGCCCCGCCUUCGCCACACCACACUAAAGUCGAUGACAUGGAAGACGAGUGCUACCCCGCGAUCCCGGCCAGUGCGUGGCGCAGCCGGCGGCGCUCCAGCUCUCCGCUAGUGAAGGCCGAGCCCAAGUCGGAGCCCGAAUCGCCCGCCUCCUCCUGCCCGCCCUCGCCCUCGCCAACGCCAACGCCCACGUCUGCGUCCCUCACACACCUCGACUACGUCAUUGACCACACGACGGGCACUAUCCACAUGCCGCAAGCAGUACUGCAGCAGGUGGGCGCGGCGGGCGUCCCCCAGCUGCUGUUGAGUGCCGCGCCGCGCAUUGCCGGCUCACUCUCAUCCAACAAGCUAUCCAUCAAGGUCACCUCCAGCUCCGGCACCUCAGGUUUCAAUCUGCCGCCCACACCGCCGUCGUCGCUCUCAUCGUCGGACAGCGAGGGCGCGCUGUCGCCGGCGCACGAGCCCGCACCGCCUGCGCCAGCUGCGCCCACGCGCCGCGCACACCUUUACGUCUCCCAGCACUCACAGCACUCGCGGCAACCUAUCAACACGCCACUGAUCAGCUCACAGCCGAAAGGGUCAACUGGAACCCUAGUGCUGACGGAAGAAGAGAAGCGCACAUUGCUAGCGGAGGGCUACCCGGUGCCCACGCGCCUACCCCUCACCAAGGCCGAGGAGAAGUCCCUCAAAAAGAUCAGGAGGAAAAUCAAAAACAAGAUAUCUGCACAAGAAAGUAGACGCAAGAAGAAAGAAUACAUGGACCAGCUGGAGAGGAAGGUCGAAAUAUUAGUGUCAGAGAACUCAGAUUACAGAAAGAGGGUAGAGACAUUAGAGCAGAAGAACGCGAGUCUCCUGAGCCAGCUGGCGGCGCUGCAGGCGCUAGUGACGCGCACCGCCAGGAAGUGACCUCACCACCAGCCACCGGCCGGGGACUUAGCGAGGCGGACCUCACACUAAACAACAUUAGACAAAAUAUUUUUACACGUAUUUGUCUUGUAGUGUUAUGAUUCCAUCAGACCGCAAGCUCGGGAGAUACGAGUUCUAUCAUUUGUAUUCAAUUAAAAAUGUGUCCAUAUUUUUAACUUUUAUAAUUGAUAUUGUAGAGUCUAUUUUAUUCCAUUCUGUUGAAUAAUUAGCGAUGUUUCAAUUUCAUAUUUUAUCUUUUUCAUUAUGUUUGUGUCUAAUGCCUUUGCUUCAAUUAUUUUUAGUACAAACGAUACAUUCAGUCGACAUCUGUCUGGCUUGCGAUCUGAUAAACUUUUCUAUAUAAAAUUGUGUGAAUCAAAUCACUUAACAUUCCCACGUUUAAAUAAAUAUAUAGUAUAAAAUAUAAACAACGACACUGUCCCUAUUUCGGAGUGUAUAUUUUAAUGUAUAUUUUGGAUGUAAUUUACAAUUAUACGAAGUAACGUAAGUAGUAUUCAAAGAGAAGGAAGGUACGAAUGGUUGCUCACUGUAUUCGUUAGGAAGGUACUCCGUGGUGCUGGAUGACACGUCGUGGUUCAUCCCCACAUUGUUUAAUGGUUUCCUGACUGUGAAGUGCCACCCUUAGGUUACAUCCACAACGACGCCCGCGCGUGGGAGCGCUCACAGGGAACUGCAAUAGGGAAGGCCGAUGCUCGAUCGAUGUUAACACAUUGUCGAUGGUUUAAUAUCGAUAUAUUUAAAUAAUAAAUAGUGGUAAUGUAUUUUUAUAAAUGAUAUUGGAAUUUAAUAAUUUGAAUUGCAGUUUUAUUCGAUAUCGAUCGUGACGUCAUUACUAUCAUAGAAGUUAAAAUCGAAAUUAUCUGCAUAAAACAUCGAUGAUCAUCGGCCCUCCCUACGUCGUAUUGGGCUCUUAUUAUAGUUGUCUACGCGUGUUGUUUGAAAUCUCGUAAUAUAUAUUGUACGCUGCAGAGGCGUCUCAAUUUAGGCAUUAGUUUAUGCGUGUUUUUAUUAAAAUAUGCAAUUAAUUUAAGGAUUACAAUCGUUACCCACGGCAUACGUCGGUAUGCGCGGCGCUCACGGGCGGCCCGCAUUUACUUCAUAAUAAAUGUACUGAGAUGUUUUAUAUAUUGUUAACCAUUUUAUUAUAACUGGCCUAAUGAUCCGAUAUCGAUUUUUAAUUGAAGGAAAAGGCAUGUGACUAAACUACUUAAUGAAUUUUCGUUAUCUCUGUAGCGGCCCGCGGGGGCAGAGCGCGGGGGCAGCGCGCGGCGGCCGCUCGGGGACUUAGCAUAAUAUGUAAGGCGCGCGCCGUUCGCGUCUUACCGGUUAAUUUUGAAUUCCAUGAAUUUGCAUUUAUAGCGAAAUGUGUAUCGUCCUAGAGAUUUUUAUCAUUUAUUUAAGAGUAAAGUAAGAUGUGUGCAUCCAAUAGCGGACUUAUAAAUGACCAAUUGUCAAUGGAAAACGAUUCUUGUAUCGUUGACGUCUAGUCUCUACGUAGCGAGGUGAGCGGCGAGGGCGCGGCGGGCGGCCACUUCUCACACAUUCGGUUCGUACUGCGCUGUUUACAUCGACAAGUACAAAUAACGGCAUGCCUUUUACUAAAAAAAAAUACUUUAUAUUGACCAUAACUUUACUAAAAAAAAUAUAUGCUAUUUAUUAAAUUUUAUAAGAAUAUUAAAUUAUAUUUGUGGUGCAACGAGCAACUAACUAGAGCCGAUGUUCUUAGUUUUUCAAGGAACCAUGACUUCAUCUAAGACUCUGUUUGUGAGUCGUAGUCUCUACUCCUAUUGCUAAAGUGAACUGAAUCUCACAGUUUCUUCUUCGCUCCAGUGUUAGCUACAGUCUGAGGCGCAGUCGCGAUACGUUGCUAUGUCCACUAACAUUCUGUCGUAUUGAACAUUCCAUUUUUAUAUGCGAGUGACUUAAAGUGAGCUCGAGUACUUAUAUGUUAUUCUAAUAUAUAUAUAAUAAAACUAACAAUUACCAUUUCUAUGUAGGAAAUUGUUUGCUAUAUUCUUGUUUAUUGAUCUAUGUUAAUAUAAUAAAUUAUAUUUAAUUUGUUUGGGGUAGCAGACGCGUGUAGUUCGGCAUCGGACAGCGUUCGCUAUAGUUUUUACUAUGUGUGUGCAAUUACAACCUUCUCUUUUUUAAAUCAUUUAAAGUUCUUCCUAUUUAGUGAUAAGUAAAUGUUAUAUUUAUAUCAUCGCUGGAAUAUAUCUUGUAUUUCAAUAACGCUCUAUGAAGCGGCUAAAAGAAUUUAUUGAUAUAUUUUAAGAGAUUUUUUCUAAUAAAAAGAAAUUUAGAAAUGUAUAAACACUGUUUUAUGUGUCUAUCGCUAUACAAGUUAGUUCUAUAAAUUAGUGUUUAAUUAUAUUUAUAUACAAAUUAUAAAAGAUAUAAUGUCGAAAUUUCAAAGCGUGCCUGUUUUUCUUUGUUGACUGUACUAAUAUAUAAGAAUCGGGGAUAGAUUAGAGAAAAAGGCAAAUUAUCAUGUGCUAUUUGUAACUGUUAUAUAUUUAAAAAGUAUUUAACGCGUAGUUAAUAUAUUUAAUUCCUAAUAUGGCAUUUACCGUCUACAAGAGUGAUUUAUAUGAAAAACGACUUAUAUGAAGGAACUAAAGUAGUUUAUUAAAUUAUGGAAUUAAUAUAAAAAUAUCUUUCCGUCGCGACUUGAGUGUUAUUACUAUUUGGACAUAAUAUAAGUUAUGUUAACACGUUGAACGGCCACGUCAGCCAUCGGUGGCUGACACUAGAUUUUCUGUUUAGGUCGCGUCUACCAUCGGUGGCUGACAGCGUGUAACAUGAGAAUUAUAAAAUUAACCUUAUCUGAAUUAUUUUUUUUAUUAAAAGAAAUUUUAUCUGAGCGGCCUAAGCGGUAAGAAAAACAAAACAGACUUGGCGCGUAACGUGUUGUAACAAAACCUAUAGGUAAAACGUUAAAAAUGUAAACAAUUUUUGUACUGGCAACACCGGCCCUUUAAUACCAGUGCGUAUAAGCGGCUCGUGGCCUGAACGGGAUUGUCUUAGAAAUAUGCGUGGCACUCAACGUGUUAAAUGCCAAACUUACAUUUAUUCAUACAUUAAUGUAUGAGACACAUAUUGGGUGACAAUGUAUAAGCGGGGUUAUUCUGUUGAGUUGAAUGUCUGUAGACGUAUAACCUCGCUUUAAACAAUCGCUGACGUAAGGUGUAAUGUGGACGCGCCGCGCCCACAAUAGUUUUGUUAUGUUAAAUAUGAAGUGUAUUUUUAUUAAUAGUUUUAUUUGUUAAAACUAUUCGCUGUUACCUUGAGUCAUGAUUUGUUAAAUCGUUUGUUUUAUUAUUAUUUUCCAAUGACAAUGCGGAUAUUACUGUGUCACCCUUGAGCUAAUAAAACGAGAUAAAUCGUA